AUGCUGCCUGAGCUCCCAAUGCUUACCAUGGGCAUGGACCCUAGCGAGUGGUGUCGUAUGGCACGCAAGGCUCUACACCCAAGCUUGCUUCAUUUUCUGCUUGACAUUUCGAUCAUCCACCCAAAACCAUCCGACGAAAACUGGCCUUGUUGGUCGGCUCUUGUUUAUGGAUGGUUUUGUUCGAACAUGGAAAGGGAUAUUCAGGAUCUGCUCGCUGGUUGGCUUUACAACGCCAUCAACACCAUGAGAAACAAUCACAAUGCCAUUGAGGCCGCCAACCAGUGGCGCAAUGGUGCUCCCUCCACCGAACCAACUACCCAUCGGCCGUAA